AUACAUAUGUCGAGGUUUGAACUUGUUCUCACUUCGUCUCCGACUCUUGCGUGCGGCUCUGAGCGCGGUCCUGUGCGCCGUGCGCUCUGGAUGCUGCGCCCCCCCCCUCACCUCCAUCACCAUCACCACCUCUCCCGUCCUCCUCUCUCUUCAGAGCUCGACGCGCACAGGCACAACAGAUGGUACAGUACAGUACGAGCGACCGCAGGAGCGCGAGAAUUCCACGCAGAACUACUUUUAUUUGUCCAAACUUCCCAGGGACGCGUCGCGCCGCGGGAGCAGGGGGUGGGUUCACCGAGGACCAAGUCCACUUUCACGGCUGCUGGAUCUUACGUUUAGAGGCGGCAUUUGGCGUCAAGGUGAGGAGUGGCCAUGCCGUUUGGCUGUUUAACCAUCGGGGAGAAGAAGGAUUAUCACAAUCCUUCGGAUGUGACAGACAAAUAUGACCUGGGACAGCUCGUCAAAUCGGAGGAGUUCUGUGAGAUCUUCAGGGCCAAGGACAAAUCUACCAUGAAAAUGUACACGUGUAAAAAGUUUCUAAAGAAGGAUGGAAGGAAAGUCCGCAAGGCCGCGAAGAAUGAGAUCCUCAUCCUGAAGAUGGUGAAGCAUCCCAAUAUUCUCCAGCUGGUGGACGUCUUCGAGACCAAAAAAGAGUACUUCCUUUUCCUUGAACUCGCCACAGGCCGGGAGGUGUUUGACUGGAUCCUGGAUCAAGGCUACUACUCAGAGCGCGACACCAGCAACGUGGUGCGACAGGUGUUGGAGGCAGUGGCCUACCUCCAUUCCCUGCAAAUUGUCCACAGAAACCUCAAGCUGGAGAACUUGGUUUACUACAACCGCCUGAAGCAUUCUAAAAUAGUCAUCAGUGACUUCCAUCUCGCCAAACUGGAGAAUGGACUAAUCAAAGACCCCUGUGGGACGCCAGAGUACCUGGCUCCAGAGGUUGUGGGCCGACAGCGGUACGGCCGACCCGUGGACUGCUGGGCCAUAGGCGUCAUCAUGUACAUACUGUUGUCGGGCAACCCGCCCUUCUACGACGAAACGGAUGACGACGAUUACGAGAACCACGACAAGAACCUUUUUCGAAAGAUCCUGGCGGGCGAUUAUGAGUUUGACUCUCCGUACUGGGACGACAUUUCUGAUUCAGCUAAGACUCUGGUUGCUCGUUUGAUGGAGGUGGAUCAAGACCAGAGACUGACGGCUCAAGAGGCCAUAAACCACGAAUGGAUCUCCGGCGGAGCCGCUUCAGACAAGAACAUCAAGGAAAACGUGUGCGCGCAAAUAGAGAAGAACUUCGCCCGAGCCAAAUGGAAGAAAGCUGUACGCGUCACCACCAUCAUGAAGCGGCUCCGAGCCCCCGAGCAGAGCGAGUCAAAGUCAAACAGCCCCGCGGCCGACGCCGUUCCCGCGCCCGCGCCCUCCGAAGCUCCGGCCCCCGCGUCCGCCGCCGGGCCCGAGGGAGCGCCCGCCGUGGUGGUCACGGACGCCGCCGCCCCGACGAGCCAACAGGACCCGGCGCCGGAGCCCGCCGCCGCUGGCGCCGCCGGCGCCGGGCCGCAGGAGGCGGAGCCCGCGUCGCGCUGCAACGGAGACGCUGUGACGACCGGCGCUCAGGACGAGCAGGGUUAAACCGGCGCCCCGCCCCCCUCCCGCGUGACUUUGCAGUCUCCCGCCAACUCCUGCACCCUGUACAUUAGCUGCUAGCAUGGUGACACUGACUCCGCUUCGCUCUCACGUGCAGCUUUAGUCCCACCUCACGGAGGCUGCGCGCAGCUUCCCGAGCGCUUUUCUUUUCACAUGCAGUGCUUCUCCCGUCACUGACCUUCCAGUGUUUUACGUCCGAUUAAAUGAAUCAUCUACUGUAUCUAGCUAACAAAGGGUUCGCGCAGCGGAAGCAGACUCGCUGUGGAGCUGGGGGCGCACGUCUCCGUCUUUCUGAUCUUUCUCUCGGAUGCAGAAAGACACAUUUGUGUUUCAGCCAAGUUGGGGAACUUCUCAUAGAUAGUUUGGCGAUUACAGCAUUUGUUCUGUGAGUCAGUGAAAUGUUUAGCUUUUCUCUUUGGCUUUGACCUUUCACUGCAGCCCCCCCACACACACACCUUUAAAAUGGUAAAUACACGGUGACCUUCUAAGUUUCCUGUCUACACUAAAUACUAUUGUGCAUUAGACAAUGCUGAGAUCUGUACGUGGGGGGUUUAAUGCUAGGUCCUGUAUUUUUAACUAGGCAGCUUCACACAAACACUAUGUUUCUUUGUUAACUUCCUGCUCAGGGAAGAACCUAAUAGUUUUGAGUGUAGGGAUCGUGUACAUAGAGACCUUUGUAGAAGUAGCCAAAACAGCAUGUGUUCCCUUUUUUUGCUGUUACUUUCACAAUAAAAGCCACUAAUAAAAGUGGAUGAAGAUGCGCAAAUGCCAAACUUUACUUAUCAAAGGCCACAGCUCUCCUGCCUAAUGUUUUAUUUGUGAUUGCCACAUUCGCUCUGUCUUUUUUAUUUUUACACACAUCCUUGAACUCAAACGCCACAUGUCUUAAUACUUGGCUGUCACUGUAAAGCAGAACGUGCAUUAACAGACCACAUGUGGCUUUCAAGGGAAACACGCGCAUCUGUUUUUUUUUUUUUACUGUGGUAACUAGGCUCGUACAGUAUCUACUGACUCAACCUGUUCACUUCUAUCGGGCCGAAAAAAAACAAAAACAAUAUUAGGACUGUACAUAUUUAUUAUAGCUUUUCAGUCAUCACACUUUUUUAAUUCCAUAUACUUUUAGCUUAUACUUGACUAUAAAUUUUUGUUGUGGUCCCCUUCAGCAUCAAUAACAAACUAGAGAAGUAUUUCUCUGUGAUCACUCUAGAGGAAAUAGAGCAAUAUAUUCGACUGGCUGCAGAAACUGUGAUUCCUGGUGUCCUUUCGAUAAAGUCCAUGUAUCUGUUAGUAGAAGUCUAUGGUUCAUGCCAGCCGGGCCACACACGGCUGCUGUCCGAUAAACUAAGCGUGUGUGUGGACCAAUGACCAAUGAUUAAAACCUGUCUGUUGUGCAACUAUUUACCAUGCGCCUGUCAAUAAAUACGAAACUGUGGAUUUGAGAUCAGGUGGGGAGAAAAAACAAUCCCAUGUACUGUAGAACUGACUAUGUUGUCUCUAAUUCAUGUACUAUAUCUCCUCCGUACUGAGCCAGAUUGGUAACGUGCCAACAAGUAAAAUUGUACCACUCAAGUAUUUUAAAAUAAUUAUUUAGAUUUUUCACAGGAGGCUUAAAAACAAGAGAUUUUUAUGUGAAUAGAUUCUGUCAUGUAGUUUGUUUUAUUUGUUUUGAUGGCAAAUUAGUACUGUUUAACUACUGUUACACAGUUCAAAGCAAUGCUUUUUCUCACUGUAUUUAUUAUUCCAUGUUCAUUUUGCCAUGCACUUACAGGUGUAUUUAUAGAUGUAAUGUUUGCCGGGACCAGUGGUCAUCUGUAGGUCAUGUCUUUUACAUUCGUGACCUCUGUACCAUACUCCUUGACUUGAGUUGAUGACUUUGAUGGUAAUAAAAAUGGAUUCAUCUGUU